AUGAAUCCUGUCUACAGCCCCGUUCAGCCCGGGGCUCCGUACGGGAAUCCUAAGAGCGUCGCCUAUACAGGUUAUCCCGCAGGAUACCCCACAGCAGCCCCCACAUACAACCCAAACAUCUACACAACCACUGCUCCAGGUUAUGCCCCAGCAAAUGAGACGGGGACGAUGGGAACGUAUUCACCUCUCACCUUGCCGGUCCUUGAGUCUGCUUCUUUCUCCACAGGAUACCCCGCUGGAACGCCCUACAAAGUCCCUCCAACUCAGAGUAGUAACGCCCCGCCUCCUUACUCUGCGUCACCCAACCCUUACCAGACGGCAAUGUACCCCAUUCGUAGUGCCUACCCUCAGCAGAACCUGUACGCCCAGGGGGCGUACUACACACAGCCCGUCUACGCAGCUCAGCCUCACGUCAUCCAUCACACUACGGUGGUGCAGCCCAACAGCAUCCCUUCGGCGAUUUACCCAGCGCCCGUCGCUGCUCCGAGGACCAACAGCGUAGCCAUGGGGAUGGUGGCCGGGGCUACCAUGGCGAUGUCAGCAGGGACUCUGCUGACGACCCCACAACACACCGCGCUGGGGGCGCAUCCCGUCUCAGUGCCAACGUACCGAGCGCAGGGGACCCCCACCUACAGCUAUAUCCCUCCCCAUUGGUAA